AUGCACAAGCACGCACGCGACGAAUCCGCCUCGACUGCUGAAGAUCGCCCAUCGAAGUACCCCAAGCAGAGUACUACCGAGGUCGAGGCUGCCGAGUACAUCCCCGACAGCACGGUCUCCGCGGAAGAAUGGGCCGCGUUCGAUGAGUGGCUGAUGGCCGACAUUGGGGACUACAUUGCGGAAGCGGAAGCAGACGCGGCUGCUAAAGCCGGGCCGCUGUCUGAGUCUGCGCUGGAUGGAGAUGAGGGAGCGGAGGUGGAAGCGGAAGAAGGGAUGAGCAGUAGCGAGGAUAUGCAAGUGGCCGGCACUAGCGAGGAAGAGCAGCGGACAGGCGGUGAGGAACAGCCUACGAACGACAACAGCGACAGCAAAGCAGUAGAUGCGCCCACCGCUACCAGCGCUACCCAAGCUACCGCGCAAUCCCAACAGCCCAAGGAGGAAAAGCAACAGCCCACCACCAACAACAAAGCAGCCGACGCAUCCACCAACGCCAUCCAAGCCCCCCAAGCCACCACCCAGUCCCAGAAGCCAUGCCUCUGGGUAAACCGACCACAAGGCUGCCGCUUCGGCGCUACUUGCAAGUUCUCGCACGCUCACCAAGGACAAACAUGCCCGCAUAUCCUCGAGGGCGAGUACUGUCCAAAGCCGCAGCAAUGUUGCUACAAGCACACUUCCACGGGUUCUACACCUGCACAGGGCCAGGCGCAACAACCCAACAACGCUGCGCUGGUGAGCAGGCCUCGCACAUGGACGAAGAACGGGAAAGAAGGUAGAGGGGCUCGGAAAUGUUAUUAG